GCAUCGAGAAUAGGUAUCACAGUUAAGUAAUACUGAAAGAUAUAAACACCGAACACCAUGCGUUCCUUCAUAAUCAUUGUCUUGUUCGCACUGCUGGCCGUGGCUGCUGCUCAAGGUGGACGUCGUGGCCGCGGAGGUCCUCAGGGUGGACCUCGGGGUGGACCUCAGGGUGGACCACAGGGCGGCCCACAGGGUGGUCCACAAGAAGGACCUCAGGGUGGACCUGGAGGACCUGGUGGACCUGGAGGACCUGGUGGACCAGGUGGACCAGAUGGACCUGGUGGACCCGAUGGACCUUGGGGACUGCCUCCCAAUGCCACCCUCCCAUGCAACAGCACCACAACGACAACAGAAGACAGCACAUCGACCUCAACCACCGAAGCCAGCACCACUGUGGGUUCCGCUUAAUAAGGGAGCUCGCAUUCAAUUUCAAAUCCAUUUUUGGCUUGUUCUCCUCUGCGCUUCCCUUGAUAUUAAUAAAAGCAUUUCUUGUAAGAAUUAAA